AUGUCUGGCCUGCCGUACCUCCAGAAAUUGCGUAAGAGCGAUCUUACCGAGUUCGCCGAAGCCACCAAAUUGCCAGAUUAUGCUGGUUUGAAGAAAGCCGAACUUGAGGUCGUGCUGGACGAGCAUCUGCGCGCCAACUCGACCCGGUACGCCAAAGAGCCGGUUCUGAGCGAAUACUACAAGCGCGUGGGCAGCAGCACGCGGUCGCCGGUCAAGAAACUGGCAGACAAGGUCACGGACAUUGUGAAAUUCGAUGAAGAUGCUGCGCCCGCGAAAAAGAGCAAGCGCAAGACAACCUCGCCGGGGCAAGACACGACCGACACCGAAUCACCAACUGUUUCCUCCUUGAUCAAGGCGCCAGCGAAAGAAAUCGCGCGUCGGUCCUCCAUCUUGACCUCUCAAAUACCUAUCCCGCCCUCUCCGGCGGUGGUGACCGAUGCCAUUGAUCAACAAACGCGUCGUCUUCGCCUUUCAAUCUCUCAUGCCUACGACCGAACUCAGAUCCAUGAAUUCGCCGACGCCACACGCGAUCUUCUGUCGUCACCUCUGACGGUCACCGCGCUAGCCAUCCUCCUCGAGGCAUAUGGUCUUCGAGCGCAAAUCCUACCCAACAAGCUAUUGACGGAGGUGCCCCCGAUCCCGUACAUCAAGUCGACCAAGACCGCAAUCAGUGUCCCGGAUUUGUUCUUGUUCCUCGACUCCAAGUUCUGGGCUCCUUUCUCUCUAUGGACACUGACAUCGUUCAUUCUUCCGGCCUUUGUCUCCUACUUUAUCAAUCUGCCCCUCAAAGCUCAUCCCGUCCAUUCUCAUGCGACGCGUCGAGCCACCGCGGAAGCCAGCGCUCAGGCGCAAUUUGACCCCUUGAUCUUCAAUCUUGCCAAGGGAUUGAUUGCCUACCUGGUCUACGCCGAGCAUCUCAACUUGGGUGGGUUGUAUCAACACUUCACCAUUGCCCUCGUCAACGAGAGCAUCUUGGGUGGGUGGUUCGCCAUCCUCAUCAGCUCAGGACUCGGGGCGAUCGUAAGCUUGUAUGAAGCUGUGCUCAAGAAGUAG